GGCAGGCAAUACCAGUUGUGUUUUUAAAAAACUAUUGUGAAUUAAAUGCAAUCUAAAAUUUUUUAAUUUUUUUUUCAUUAUUUAUUUUUAAUAUUAAUCGUUGUUCAUGUUUGUUUUUUUUCUGUUAAUUUAAAUGUUUUUAAGAAAAUAUUCUAGCUAAAAAAUGGAAUCACAAAAUAGUUUACGUCGAAUAACAAGACGUUAUAACGUGUCUUCGACGGGGAAAUCACCAGUUUCAAUUUCACAAAAUGAACAUGAUUCGGAAAAUGAAACAGAAAUUCUGUCUUCGUCGUAUUCUGAAGAUGUAUUUACUAAUUCACGCGUAACUACUUCAUCUUUAAAGCAAAGGAAAAGUAAAAAUUUACGGCAUAAUACAUCUGACUACAGUUCAGAGGAAAAUGAAGAAUCUAGUUUUGAUAAACGGCAUAGUUCGAAUCGAAAUGGAAAUGUUGCUCGCUCUGCUGAGGAUUUAUCAAAUCAUAAACCCUAUAAAUUAUAUAAAGAGGCUGGCGAAUAUUGGAAUAAAUAUCCCAAAACUGAUUACACAUAUUCGAGGUAUUCUCCGCAUCGCAGAGAAUUAGAACCCGGCGCCAUCAUAAUGCCAAAUAUGUCUCGACGUUCCAUCCACAGUGAAGAAAGAACUCUUUCUGAUUCGAAAAAUAAUUACGUAUUGGAAAGAACACAUUUAUCACGAAAUUAUUAUACAAAUUCAGAUUUACCGAAACGUCGCUUGGAAGAAUUUUGGGGGAAAGAUGAGGUUGAUUAUAAAAUUAAUGAAACAUUAAUUCAAAAAAUUUUGCGAAUAACUCGCAUUACAUUAAUUUAUACCGUGUUAACGAACUAUUUCCAUUCAGUAACAAGUAGAAAAUUAUCUGGCAGAUCUUAUAUUAGAAAUUAUAGAGCAGAACAAAAAUGGUAUCAAAAAAUUUGGACUUUCAUAAGUUCAAGUUUUGCAAAAAUUGGAUCAGCUUAUUAUACCUUACUUGGAUCUGUAUUGUUACUUGAUAGCUGGAUACUGAGACGAGAAAAUCGCACAACACUAUCAACUGAAGCAUCAGAAACAACACAAAACCUUGUAAAUCAAGUAUCCGAAGAUCGUUGGAAAAUAUUACGAAGAAUUGGUUAUGGUUCUUUAAUUUUAUUGUUAUUAUUACUGGGAAUUAAUUAUGGUACAAAUGUUGACUUAAACGAAUAUAUUCCAGAAUUACCUGAUUUACCUAAAUUACCUGAAUUACCUGAACUUCCAUCAAUAUCCAUACCAGAACCUGUUUCUGAAUAUGUUCAAUCAUCACAAGAUAAAUUUAUGGAAGCAUUUGAAUAUACUAAAUUGGCAACAAGUGAAAGUUACAAUGAAUUAUAUAAUUUCUUUUUAAGUGAAUAUUUAAGUUUAAAUAAAGAGGAGCCACAAUCGAGUAAUGUUGAGCAAUCAGAUACACAAUCUGUACAAUCAGAUGAUAUAUUACAACCACAAUCGGAAGAUCCAUUACUUGAUGAUAAUAAUGCUAUCAAUGAUAAUUUUGAUCCAUUUAAUGAUGAAAAUAUUGAACUUUGUUGGCUUUAUUUAUGGGAUAAUUCUUCAUACAAAAUUCAAGAAUCUAUUACAUCUCCAAUUAUUUCUGGAUUAGAAACCAGUAUUAGCUAUAUUAAAUCUGGAUUAUUUCAAGUUUUGGGAAUAAUAUUUUGGCCUUUGACGUCGAUUUAUGAUUAUGCAGUGAAUACAUUUAACUUUAUAUCAGAAAAUUAUUUAUCAUCACCGAAAUCACAAUUCGAAUACAUUCUUGAAUGUAUGGCAUGGCCUUUUCAGUUAGGCUAUGAAUAUUUAACUUUAGGAUUUUCAAAAAUUUACGAAUGUUUAUUAUUGCCUUUGAAAUUUAUUUCCACAUCAUCUUCAUCGGUUUAUGAAAAUUUCACGAAUGGAUUUACAGCAAUUAUUUCUGGAAUUGCUUCAUGCUAUGAAUAUGUUAAAUUUGGAAGUGGAAAAGUAUCUGAAAACAUUUAUUGGCUUUUCACCACAACGUAUCAGUCAUUGGGAAAUUUCUUAUUUGAAGGAUUGAGUUCACUAUUGUCAAUCAUAUAUUCAAUACCGGGAUUCUUAUAUUUACCAAUUGGUUAUUUCAAAAAUUUAUUUGCAAGUGAUCCAAUCAAAAUUUCGGAGAAAAAAAUUAUAAUUCAAGACACGCCUAAACAAGUAUUACCAGAAAAAGUUAUUACAUUACCGCCAAUUAUUCAAGAGAAAUAUGAGAUAAAUAAUUAUAUUCAUGCAGAAAUACAAAAAAUUUAUCAACAAACGCAGCAAGAAAAAGUUGUUCACACGAAAGUGGCUAUUGAUGACGAUGAAUUAAAUGCUAUUAAAUUUGAAAUAAAACAAUUAAAAGGUGGUUUAAAUAAAUUAAAUGCUGAUAAAACUGGUAUGCCAGAUUUUGCUUUGGAACCUUCAGGGGGUCAAGUAAUAUCUACACGCUGUACUGAAAGUUACAAUGCAAAAACAGCUGUAAUUAGUGUAUUUGGAAUUCCAUUAUGGUAUCCAAGCAAUACACCACGAGUUGUUAUUAAUCAAGGUGUUGUUCCCGGUGAAUGUUGGGCUUUUCAAGGUUUUCCAGGCUUUUUAGUUAUAAAAUUAUCAACAAGAGUUCAUAUUCAUACAUUUUCACUAGAACAUAUCCCAAAAGAAAUAUCACCAACAGGUCAUAUUGAUUCUGCACCACAAAAUUUUUCUGUCUGGGGUUUGGUAAAUGAAACCGAACGUAAUCCGUUGAAAUUAGGACAAUAUACUUAUGACGCCAAUGGAGAUUCGUUACAAUAUUUUUCUGUUCAAGCAGAGGAUCCAAUUCCAGCAUUUGAAAUGAUUGAGUUACGUAUUGAAUCGAAUCAUGGCAAUAUUAAAUUUACGUGCUUGUAUAGAUUUAGGGUGCAUGGCUCAAUUGCAAAUGAUACUCCACCACCACCUUGAAAAUAAAUAAUCACUGGGAUAAUUAUUAUUACCAAUGCAGCAAUAUAUCACUAUGUAAAUGUACAAAUUAAAUUAAGGUCUUAAAAAUGUGGUUUCUAUUUUUCU